AUGUCUUGUAAGAAGCUGUUAUCAUGCCUCACAGCUGGGCUUUGCGUCACACCAACGCUUCUAGUUUCUGCGGUUCCAGACCUCGAACUCACGAGAAUGGACUACGACGGCCUUGUCAACGAUAACUCGGAUACACUCACCUCCCUCGGCCAGCAUUUCUCUCAAUUCGCAAACCUCCUGAUGCACCUCGACAAUUUCCAACCCGAAGUCGUCGACCCCCUCCACUUAACCAUCAUCACACUCUCAGACCUAAAUGAAAACCCUUCAGCAAGUCAAACCGGUGGCUUAAACGAAGAAACUGGCGAAUUCGAUCUACCAGCUAUAGAAGUAUAUAAUGGAAUAGACACCCUUAUAUCAAGUAUCCUCUCCAGAUCUAUAUCCCUCCCGCUCGACAUAUGGACUACUCAUGAUGGUGUCAUGGUAACCACAACAUUCGAAGAAGCUCUAAAACUGCUGGGUACCGAAUUAACCUACGGCGCCGAUGACCCUGCCAUUCCCGAAAACCUGAUGCGGUGGCUAUUCGACGCAGAAAUCGGCGUGGGUAGUGUAGUUUUGAAAAGCAACAAGUUUUUGACAUUACAAAUUGCGAUAAGGGAUUUGGAUGCUUAUAUAAGUCAUGCGGUGGAGGCGAUUGAUCAAGCUAGUUAUUUGGCGCAGUGGAAUAUUGAGUAUCCGAGUUUGGGAGGGGUGGAGGAAGAUGCGAUAAAGAAGUUGUUUAAGAAGGAUUUGGAUCGGGCGAAGGGGUUUUGGAUUGAGGUUUUGGGGGCUUCUGGGGAGAUUGUGAGGGGGUUGGAAGAGGUGUAUAAUAUGGUUUGGCCGGAUGGCGUGUAA